CUAACGGUGCGCCGGAGAGGAAGGACAGCCGGAGGAGCGGAAGGCGCAAGCAUGCGUGCAGGGGGCGGCUGGAGUCGGCUGCUGCGGCUGUCCUGGACGGCUCAGCGCGGCUGCGCUCCUUGCGGGAACCAGCCAACAACGCGGCUUCUUCUGCAGCCCCGGCUGCUCGGCUGCCGCUGGCUCGGCGGUCGGAUGGCUCAGUACAGCACGGAGCAGCGGGGGCGGCUCCAUUCGCCCGAUUACCGCCUCUAUUUCAAGAAUUCAAAGGGAAAAUAUAUUUCUCCCUUCCAUGAUAUUCCUCUGUUUGCUGGACCAAGUGAGGAAAAGGAGAUUUCUGCAAAGAGAAUGAAACUCGGUGGAAGUGAGGUUGUACUUAAUAUGAUUGUGGAAGUGCCUCGUUGGACAAAUGCUAAAAUGGAGAUUGCCACGAAGGAGCCAUUGAAUCCCAUUAAGCAAGAUGUAAAAGAAGGCAAGCUGCGAUACGUGGCAAAUAUCUUUCCCCAUAAGGGCUAUAUUUGGAAUUACGGUGCCCUCCCUCAGACUUGGGAAGAUCCCCAUCAUAAAGAUCUUAAUACAGGAUGUUAUGGCGACAAUGAUCCCAUUGAUGUCUGUGAAAUUGGUUCCCAGGUUCGUUCCCUUGGUGAGGUUGUUCAGGUGAAAGUGCUUGGACUUUUAGGUCUUAUCGAUGAAGGAGAAUCUGACUGGAAGAUCAUAGCUAUUGGUGUGGAUGAUCCAGAAUCACAAACGAUCCAUGAUAUCGAUGAUGUCAGAAGGUUCAAACCAGGUUAUCUUGAAGCUACAGUUGACUGGUUCAGAGUGUAUAAAGUACCAGACGGGAAGCCAGAAAAUCAUUUUGCUUUUAACAGCAAGUUUAAAGACAAGGCAUUUGCUCUUGACAUAAUUAAAUCCACCCAUGAAUACUGGAAUGCUUUGAUUCAUAAGAAAUCUGACGGAGGAGCCAUAAAAUGCACCAACAUCCUGGUGGGUACCAGUCCCUACUGCUGUAAUGAAAACGAUGCCCAAGCAAUUGUGGAAUGUACUCCAUCUUCUGAGGAGAAACAGUCUGCUGCCAAAGAAGUAGAUAAUUGGUACUUUCUUGGCCAGUGAUCAUUCAGAUACUCUGAUCAGGUAGUGAAGUCUUGAAUGGCUUCAUAACCUAUCUUCUUCCCACAUCUCACAUAUGCUGAAGGAUAUGCAAAUGAAGGCUCUGCAAAAUAGAUUCCACAUCUGCAAAUGUUUGUGAUACAAACUUUCUAUCAUGUAAAUAAAAGUGAUUUUUGAGAGUU